AAGCGCCAUCACUCACACACACACUCUACACACACCUCCCAGACGCGUCCACAGGACACACGCCGGUGUCGGAGCGGAGCGCUGGCUGCACGGAGCCACUACCAUACAGAGAGAGAGAGACAGGAGCGGGUGCCGCAGGAGGUGGCACGACAUGACCGGUCUCUUUGGAGAGCAAGGGCGCAGCACUUCUCCUUAUUUAUUAUUCUGUGACUUUUGCGCCGCGUCAAACAGCAGCUUGUGACACUCGGACUGAGGCUGCCAGGGCGCACUUACUGUGGACUUUAGCUUGCUACCACCGAGCCCCCCUUCAGGAGAGCCGACCCUCGUGUGCGCAAAAUACGCGGGGACGCAGAGGGGGAGAUACGGGGACUGAGAGGCGCUCAGUCGGAACUUGACGCACCCUGGAGCCGCUGUCUCUGGAGCGCACAUACCACCCGAAGCCUCCCAGCUGCGAAGCGCACGCAGUAUUGAUCAAGGAGUUUGGUGGUUCACUAUUUUUUGGAUGAGAUUCAGUGGCAUCGCGGACUGAUAGAGGCAGAGGGCAAAUAGAAACCUGAAUUUCUUCAAUGCCAUGUAGUUGGCACAUAGUUCCCUCCACCGAUGGUUUAAUAAUAAACGCAGUGGGAUUACUCCUGAAGUGGGCUAGUUUUGACUGCUGCCAACGGGUGUGGAUUUUUUUGGAGGAACAGCAGAAUUUCUACCCUACCAGGCGGAGACACUAGAAACUUAAAAGCUCUCCGCGAGUUUCUGCAUCAUCCAAGAUGGAUUUUGAGUCAUCGUUGAUUGGAUUUUUAAUGGCAAUGUGUCAUCUGGCGUUGAGAGUCAGAGGAGAAGAGGUCCCAGAGUGCGGAGGCGUCUUCGAUGCCAGCGAGGCCGGUUACAUCACCUCCCCCGGUUACCCUCUGGAGUAUCCGCCUCACCAGAACUGUCACUGGAUCAUCACGGCGCCGGAGCCGUCGCAGCGCAUUGUCCUCAACUUCAACCCGCACUUUGAGAUCGAGAGGCUGGACUGCAAGUACGACUUCAUUGAGAUCCGCGACGGGACUUCGGACAACUCCGACGUCCUGGGUCGACACUGCAGCAACAUUGCCCCGGCGCCGAUCAUCUCAUCCGGGCCGUCCCUCCAGAUCAGAUUCGUCUCAGACUACGCCCACCAGGGGGCGGGCUUCUCUCUGCGCUACGAGAUCUUCAAAACAGGGUCGGAGUUCUGCUUCCGCAAUUUCACCAGCUCCUCCGGCAUGAUCGAGUCCCCGGGCUUCCCGGAUAAAUACCCUCACAAUCUGGAGUGCUCCUACAUGAUCAUCGCCCCGCCCCACAUGGACAUCACCCUCACGUUCCUGACCUUUGACCUGGAGAACGAUCCCCUGCUGGUGGGAGAGGGCGACUGCAAGUAUGACUGGCUGGACGUGUGGGAUGGCCUGCCGCAAGUGUCUCCUCUGAUCGGCCGGUACUGCGGGACAAAAAUCCCCCCAGAGAUCCAGUCGUCCUCCGGCCUGCUGUCCCUCUCCUUCCACACCGACAUGGCCGUGGCCAAAGACGGCUUCUCCGCCCGAUACAACAUGACGCACAAAGAAGUCAGCGACUCGUUCCACUGUAGCAUGGCGCUCGGUAUGGAGUCAGGGAAGAUCAGCGAUGAUCAGAUCACCGCUUCGACAACCUUCUACGACAACCGCUGGUUGCCGCGCCAGGCCCGCCUCAACAACGACGACAACGCCUGGACGCCUUCAGAGGACAGCAACAAAGAGUAUAUACAGGUUGACCUCCACUUCCUGAAGGUGUUGACGGGCAUCGCCACACAGGGGGCCGUUUCCAAGGAGACACAGAAGUCCUACUACGUCACAACCUUCAAACUGGAGGUCAGCACGAACGGGGAGGACUGGAUGGUGUACCGGCACGGCAAGAACCACAAGAUUUUCCACGCUAACACCGACCCAGCUGAGGUGGUGCUGAACCGGGUCCCGCAGCCGGUGUUGGCCCGGUUUGUUCGCAUCAGACCACAGACCUGGAGGAAUGGCAUCGCCCUGCGCUUCGAGCUCUACGGAUGCCAGAUUACAGAUGCUCCGUGCUCAGACCUGCAGGGCCUGCUGUCCGGCCUGCUCCCCGACGCGCAGAUCUCGGCCUCCUCCAGCAGGGAUAUGGUGUGGAACCCCGGGACGGCACGUCUGGUGGCCAGUCGCUCUGGCUGGUUCCCCGCGCCUGCGCAGCCGCUGGCUGGAGAGGAGUGGCUUCAGGUGGACCUCGGUGUGCCUAAGACGGUGCGUGGAGUGAUCACCCAGGGGGCGCGGGGAGGAGACGCAGGAAGCGGCGCGACCACGGAUAACCGGGCGUUCGUCAGGAAGUACAAAGUGGCGCACAGCCUGAAUGGGAAAGACUGGAAUUUCAUCAUGGACGUGAAGACGAGCCUGCCCAAGAUUUUUGAGGGGAACACACACUAUGACACCCCGGAGCUGCGUCAUUUUGAGGAGAUAGUGUCCCAGUACAUCAGGCUGUACCCGGAGAGGUGGUCUCCAGCAGGAAUCGGGAUGAGAGUGGAGAUACUGGGCUGCGACCUUCCAGAAACCACCACGCCAGCCGACACCGCCACGCCAACCCUGCCUGCCGACACUGAAACCACCACUUUCCAGGUUCCCGGUGAGUCCAGGAAACAAGGAGCCCCCUCUUCUCCGUCAGACAGCUUGUGUGACUUUGACCACGGCCUGUGUGGGUGGACGCACGACCCCAACGCUCCUCUGCUCUGGUCCCUGCACAGCCACGAGCUCGACAGCUACCUGUACAUGGACGCCAGCCUCAAGACGGAGCAGCAGCGAGCCCGGCUGGUGAGCCCCGUUGUGGCAGCUGACACGGGGCCCCUCUGCCUCCUCUUCUCCUACCAGCUGUGGGGGGAGGCCCAGGGCCACCUGAAGGUCCUGGUGCGGGACGCCCACAACGAGGAGACGGUGCUGUGGACACUGAAAGACGAUCAGGGCCCGGUCUGGAGGGAGGGUCGCACCAUCCUGCCUCGAUCCCCGAAAGACUUCCAGGUUGUGAUGGAGGGUUUCUUUGUGCACGGCACCAGAGGACACAUCUGGAUCGACAACAUCCACAUGAGCCCGAGCACGCCCCUGAAAGAGUGUACACAACCCUACGCGGCGUUCUCUCCCGAAAAUCCAGGGGGAGGCGUUCCUGUGCCUCCCUUGCCCAUCCACUGGUAUUACAUUAUGGCCGCCGGGGGCGCCCUCCUUCUCCUGGCGGUGGCCAUCUUGGUCAGAGCCCUCUGUUGCUGCCGACAACACCUGGCCACCAAGAAGAGCCAGCUGUCAGUGGCCUAUCACAGCUCCUCGCAGUGCUUCCAGUAUUCUAACUGGUCCUCCAGUAUGGCCACCCCAGGGGUGGAGCCAGUCCUGACAGUGAGGUUGGACAGCCGGGACCGACACCGUACCCUCUGCUGAAAAGAAGCACGUAGCUGUGUUUGGCAGAGCAGGACGGCAACUUGUGAUGUCAGUGGCGGCGUGUGUCGCGAUGCCGCAAGGUGGACGAACCCCUUCCCUCAUUUAGUUUACAGUUGCAAAGGGUGACGACGACCUAAACUGCCAAGUGAAAUUUUUGCAAAGACUGUGCUCUCUCUCUCUGUCUCUCAUGGAUGUAGCUUCGGUUGCUGUUUUCUUUGUUCCAUUAAGGAGUUUGCUGUUGACAUUUCACACUGUGCUGCUCCUGAUGAGAGGACUGAAGUCUGAGUAAGUUAUUUAUCUGAGCAGCUUGUUUCGGACCAUUGAGUGCCGUCUGGCUCCUCGUAACCCCAACGGUCCUCCUGGAAUGACCCCAGCAUGGACACACACACACAGACAUGUGUGGGCUGGGGAGAGACGGGGGUCGAGCUGGUUCCGCUGCGAGAGCCAGCCAGAGCUGCCAAACCACAGGCUAAAACAAGACCCCAGAGACACGAGGAGCUCUGCAGUGAUGAGAGAGAGAGAGGAGAAAACUGUUAGGCUGAGAGGCAUUCGACAUGCUAGCUGUGGAAAUGAUCUGGCAAGCCCCAGAAAAUAAAGCUCUUGGUAUCUCUGUAAUAACAACACGAGAUAGCUGUGAUAUGAGUUGUACCAAUAGCGAGGGGGGUUGUGACGGAGGAGUGAAAAAAAAUCCUUCCAUUGUGCUUUUCAACAGAGCAUGUGCACAUUUAAAAACAAAGGAAUGCAAAUCCAUCAUACUUUAAGUCCUGCAUCACAAAUGGAGAUAACCAGCUCGUUUGAUUGAACGUCUUGUCUCCUCCUGAUAAAGGCAUCAGUCAGUGAUGGAUGCAGCCGUCCUCAGUGUUUAGUGUUUCAUCUUGAUUGUCUGGCGUAAUAAAGCACGUUGUUCCCACUCCCAUUUAUGCUCCAUACCACCCACUCCCGUUGUUCCCAGUGUCUCUGAGCUGCCCAGAUGAAACUCACGCUGAGCCCCAGCCUUGUCGUGUUUUCAGUGGGAAUAUGCGCUUGUUGUUUUUAGGGUUGUAAAUAGACACAGCUGUCUGCCAUCGCCGUUUUUUCCCCUUGAUUUAUACUCCUACAAAUCCCACAAUGCUGCUGCACCAGCUGGAAGCCAUAAGUGUGGUGUUUUGCUGUAUAUGUGCACCCUUGAGAGGGAUCCAAGAUAUGAUGGAAACCAGAGCCGAGCUCCAGCUAUUGAUGGUUCUUCAUUUAGUGCCAUAAGACGCCGCGAGAGCUGUUAAAGGGGAGCUACGCCUGUUUUCAAAAUUCAUACAUGUUAUCCCCAUGGUCUGAGACGGUCCAAAAAUAUUGCGAAACAUGAUCAACUAUCUGCCAAAGCCAAAAUCUUAAAGCGCUAAAAACUCAUUUAUGAUGUCAUCAAGUAUAAAAUGUGGAGCUGCUCCACAGACACUGAAUUGACACUGAGAUAUAUGGGACAGCACUACAAUAGGAUAAAGCUCAUUUGGGUAUUUAAAAAAGCAAACAUCCUGUCGGGCCACAAAAUCAGGCGCCCAUUUAUUGUCUAUAAGCAGCUCCAGACUUUAUACUUGAUGAAAUCACAAGUUUGAGAUGUAGGUCUGAUCCCAUCUUUGCCCCUCAGGACAGUUACAGAGGAUAGAAGCUGAAAUCGUCCCUUCAAGACCCUGAUACAUCAUCAGAUACACGUGACUAUUGCAGUAACGUAUUAUCGUCAUUACAUUUUGUUGCUGUCCGAUGAAAAACACGUAUCUCUACUUUUGACAAUUUUGACUUUCUACGCGCUUUGAUGGACACUUCUGACACCCAAUGGAGAUACAUGUUGAAUAGAUGAUGUACUAGACGUCUUUCCAUUGGUCAUUUGGAUAUCCAACGCUAACGGUUGCUAGGGAAUAUUAUGGACACUGCAUGCACUGUAGAAAAUCAAAAUCGUGAAGAAAAGUGGAGAUACGUGUUUUUCAUCGGACAGCAACAAUUUGACAUUUAUCAGAUGGAGAUAAAAAAGCAAAGAUGAUUCCGUCACAACUUAAACUUCAGGCUAUGAAUCAAUCAAACAAGUCAUCAAUUAAAAAAGGAAACAGCCUCAGGCUAACAUUAGCUACCCGUGCUCUUACAUACCCUGCCAGUCACCUCGCCUCCGGGAACGUGGCUCAGCCUUGCAGCAAAUUUUCCCUAAGUGGCCACUUACGGUAUUGCAGCAAAAAUGCGUCCCAAAAGGCAUUUCCCGUAUCGACCACCAUAUAAAAGAAACGUCUAUAAAACUGUUGACAGGACAGGACAGGAUUAUGACUUUCUAUUCUGAAUUUCUGCGCCAUGGUGGUUUUAUAUUUGUAAAACCUUCCUUAACCCAAGAAAAGCGAUUUAAAAACCCACGACAUAAUGACAAUGCAAAGGGGCCAGUUCGUAAAACACCACUGCGCAUAGGCUGCAUAUUGAGGAAGGAAACCUAGAAGCUAAAAACCUUUUUAGCGUAUGCACCAGGCGAGCAACUCCAUUGGAAUGAAUAGGCGCCAUCUUGGUGUCAAUUAUCUCGUCAACAUUAGCCCUUUUUAAACAGGAAUGGUGCAAAUUUGCAGGAAAGCCCAAUCAGUCUUCGUUCAGCAUUGGCAGUAUAAAAACAAAAUGCCGCCUACCUACUUUUGUUUAUACAGAAUGCGCCUUUUUCGGGGCAAUGGGGAGCGUGAGCAAGAAACAAAACAUGUAGCUCAGCGUGUGACGUAAACAGUGACGUAGGAGGGAAGCCGCGGCUGGUCAGUCCUACGGCCCAACAUUCACCAAAAAUCUGGCAGUGUACCAGGGGGCUAUUGAAAUCUAUGUAGACCCACUGAUAUUAGUGGAGCAAAAACAAGUGCAGCAACUUCACUGCUAGUCUUUAGUUAAAUUUUGGCCGUCACAUGUCAUCAAAGGGGGAAUGUAACAUGAAAAUAUGUCAAAAUGUCGGACAGUCUUGCCCAAAUCAUCAAGAAGAAAGAAAAUACAUUUGUGCGUUUCUCUGUCGCCAUCUUGCUGCUGAUUUCUCAUAACACUAGGUUGGAGUGUGCCUUUGAACAACCUGUCUCAACAAGAAUCAGGACACACUUCCCAUAGACGUUAACGCCUAAAAUGGAGGGUGAAGGGCGAAGUGGUAGGGCGAGGGGUGUAAUGGGAUUGACACUCACUUCCCUGGUUUCUAGUUUUGCGAGAAGGUAGCCCAUGUUCACAAACAUUGAUUGGACUUUCCUAGACCAUGGAAAUAUUAUAUUCUGAAUCCAGGUGGUGUUUCCCUUUAACGUAAUAAGACACAGUUAAUGCACUUCUUACUAAUGUUUAUCUGGAAUCUAAAAGCCUGUUUUGUUGUUUAUGUCUCAAAUCUCUGACUGAAGUAGACAAAUUGGCGCCACUUUCUCCGUCAUCAGUCGGUACAGACGUGCUGAGACUUGACACGAGCUCAGUUUUUCGCCCCAGAUUGAAUCAAAUUGAGGUCUUCACUCUGUGGCUUAACGGGCCGUGCUUUCUCGUGAUCUGUCACACCAGCAAAAAUCCAUCACCCACCACAGCCCACAGCUCAGCAGAAUGCACCUCGAUUUGUUGCAACAAAAUUGAGAAGCUGCACUUUUCUCCUCGGAGCGAAGGGAAGAAGUGUUUUUUGGCACGCUCUCGCCGUGUGCUUUUAAAUCAACUCGGGGAGGAGGGAUUGGACACCCUACUUGGGCCAUCUCAACACCGUUACGCUCCAAGCCUCUAAUAGUUGUAAUUAGUUAAUGGACAGAUAACAUUUAUUAAGGCUGCGGUAAGCACUUUUCCCUCCCAUCUACCGCACCUCCGUCGCCCAAUCCGCUGCCAACUACACUUCCCCCGGAAACAGUAUUAAUAACGCCAUUGGCCAUCAUAGACCUCCAGAUCUAGACGUGUGCCUUGCCAAGCAGUUACUCCCACUCCUGCAUGCUUGCCAAGUGCAGCAAACACACACACACACACACACAGAAAGUGAAAAGAAAACUCAUCUAAAGUAUAAGUACACUUGAGCUAUUUGGCUCAACUUAAGUGCUGCAGCCAUUGCGAGUUUUACCACACUUAUAAUCUUCCAAUUCAGACACUCACACACACACAUAUCAAUUUUCAGUUGGGCGAGUGUCACCGAGAGGGAAGACUGUCACACGCACUACUUAAUGUUGACAUUUGAUGCUUUUAUUUCUUUCUUUGAUCAUCUUAUACACCACUCUUAAACUUGACAGUCACAGUGUCGAUGAUUUUAACGGUGAUAACGAUGGGUAAUGUUAAUUAUUUGAUGAUGUUUGCAUCUUUAUUCACAUGGAAUGAACAGUCUUAUACCAUCAGUAUGCUAUGUGAUGACUGUGUGUUUGACAGGAAUGUAUCAUAAUGAUCUUUCUCUAUUAAUAAAGUCAUAUUUUUCUAUUACUCCAAGACUUAUGUGCGUGUGUGUGUGUGUGUGUGUGUGUGAAUGCCAGAUCUCUACAUGGUCAGAAAUGGCACCACUUAAUAUGAAUUUACAAUAAUCAAAAGGUUAUUCAUCAGAAAUUGUUUGUCGGGUUCG